AUGCCUCCACCUUUCACGUCCAACCUGUCUGAUGCUUCUCUCUUUGUUGAGGGCUCCUACAUCAACGGCAUAUGGGUACAAUCAAAGAGCGGACAAACCUUUGACGUCUGCAACCCUGCAACUCAAGAAGUCAUCGGUUCGCCACCGGAGUCGACGGUUGAUGACCUACAGUCUGCCAUAGAUGCGGCCGAAGAUGCUUUCCCACUGUGGAGGGCGCGGUCUGGGCGCACGCGUGCGCGGAUCCUGCGGCGCCUAUUUGACCUCAUUACCGAAAAUAAGGUCGAUAUUGGCAAGAUUAUCACCGCUGAAAACGGCAAAGCUAAGGCCGACGCUGAAGGCGAAGCCCUAUUCUCCGCGAGCUUCUUUGAGUGGUUUUCGGAGGAAGCCCCUCGGAUCUAUGGAGACGUUGUACCUCACUCAAAUCCCACGCAUCGGACGCGUACUAUAAAACAGCCCAUUGGCGUUGUCGGCCUGAUCACUCCGUGGAACUUCCCCCUCGCAAUGGGCGCUCGCAAGAUUGGAGCUGCACUGGCAGCCGGAUGUACCGUCGUUCUCAAGUCAGAUGGCCUGACACCUUUCUCGUCCAACGUGCUUGCAGUACUAGCAGAGCGGGCGGGCGUUCCGAAGGGCGUUCUGAACGUAGUGACGUCUCUUAGAACUACGCCGAGGCUUGGUCAGAAGCUAUGCACGUCGGGGGUGGUGAAGAAGAUCUCAUUCACGGGGUCUACAGGUGUGGGAAAAAUCCUGAUCCAGCAGUCCAGCAGUACAUUGAAGAAGCUCAGUCUAGAGCUUGGCGGCAACGCACCUCUUAUCAUUUUUAACGAUGCCGACGUGGAGACCGCAGUUUCUAGCACUAUCGCUAGCAAAUUCAAAGUCACUGGACAGACAUGCGUUUGCGCCAACCGUAUAUUUGUUCAAGACGAUAUAUACGGCCACUUCACUGAGCGACUGGUAGAAGAAGUGGCCAAAUUUCGCGUCGGCCCUGGUUCCGAAGCUGGAGUCACCCACGGGCCUCUUACCACCGCCAUCGCUAAGGUCCACGAUCAUGUGAAUGAUGCUGUGACCAAGGAAGCCACAAUUCUUCUCGGGGGAAAACCUCUCCCUCAUCUUGGCCCUAACUUUUACUCGCUCACCAUUCUGGGAGACGUCAACGACUCAAUGAAGGUCAUGAAGGAGGAGACUUUCGGUCCGCUCGCAGCUAUUUCCCGAUUCAAAACAGAAGAUGAAGUUGUUGCACGUGCGAACUCAGUGGAUGUUGGCCUAGCCUCAUAUGUCAUCACCUCAAGCUUGCCUCGAUACUACCGUAUCUGCGAGCGCUUGGAGUUUGGCAUGGUGGCAGUCAACACCGGCGUUAUUUCAGACGUGGCAGCUCCUUUCGGUGGCAUCAAGGCAUCGGGGUUUGGCCGCGAAGGUAGUAAGUAUGGAUGUGACGAGUACCUAGUGUACAAGACCAUCGUCACCGGGGGCAUCGAUACUAAAUUUACUAGUAGCCUCUAG